GUGCCACUUUCAGGUCUCCUCACACUGCUGGUGUGUUCCAUUUUUUGUCAUAGGGUGCUGGCAGAUUACGGGCCUCCCAUAGCUGCUGCCAGGCCCCUAAUCUGCCAUGGGCCCUUAUACCGCCUCCUCAUGCUGCUGCCAGGUCCAGAGUCUCUCAUGGGUCCCUGUACGGCCUCCCAUUGCUGCUGUCUCCAUCGCCACAUUCUGCCAUGUGCCACUUUCAGGUCUCCUCACACUCCUGCUGGUUUCCAUUUUGUCAUAGGUUGCUGUAUGGCCUCCCAUUGCUGCUGCCUCCACCGCCACACUGUGGCUCCAAACACUGGUUUUGGCCCCGUGACUGGCCAAAUGAGUGAAGUGUGCGGUGAUUCUAAGAUCGACGGCACUCAUCUGCAUGUCAUACUGACUGACAGUAUUAUUUCUCUUCCCCAGCAGACUCCAAGGGCAUUUAAAUUAAAGGUACAGUGUUCUGCACUAAUAUUA